AUGAGUGCCAUUUCGCUGAGCAAUGUGGCGUUCAGCUAUUCGGGCACACCGGUUCUCAACAACAUCAACGCCGUCAUUCCCUAUGGACGAAUCUACAGUCUUUUGGGGCCGAGUGGUGCUGGCAAAACCACCCUGCUGCGUCUGGUCCUAGGACGAAUCAGACCCACUGCUGGCCGAAUAACUGUGCUAGGUGAUGAACCGGGAAAGAACAACCGAAUCAUCGGAAAGAAAAUGCUCAAAGAAGUUCUCGGGCUUCCCGAUGACAAAAGUGAGAUUUGGGAGCUCUCUGGUGGACAGCAAAAAAUGGUUUCACUAUCUCUAACUUUUCUGCACAGCCCGAGGUUGUUGAUUCUAGACGAGCCUACCGUUGGGAGCGAUCCAGUUCUGGGGAACUGCAUCUGGAACUACCUGCACCAGUGCUGUCUGGAGAACAUUAGCAUCAUUAUUGUGACCCAUUACAUUGAGGAGGCAACGUUCGGCCACGUUGUUGGCAUUAUGCGCAACGGCACCAUCCUCACCGAAGGCUCUCCCAAUCAGCUGACAGCAAAGUAUGGUCAGCAAACACUGGAAGACGUCUUUCUGCACCUCUGCAAGGUUAACACGGCUGUUUUUAACGAAGAAGCCGAGCCCCUGCACAGCAAGGGAGUGCUCAGCGCAAUUGAAAAGGUGGACGUCUACUACCUGAAUCCAAUCUACUACGACUCUCUGGAGGCAGCCAUUGGCGCAAUCACCGAUGGAAAGGCCAUUGGUGCCGUCUGGUUUGGACGCAACUUCUCCGACGCUUUUGAGUCUCGCCUCUCUGAGCCAGAGAGUAUAGACAAUGAGACGCUGGUGGAGAGUACGGUAAAGAUGUUCAUCGACACGGGCAACUACCUCUUUGCCAAUGGUUUUGUCGACUCGAUGCGUCAGACGAUGUACGGGUACAUGAAGAAAUUUUCACUCAGUCAGAACCUGCCCAUGUUUGACGCGCCCAUUGAUGUGCGCGAG